UACCUCUUUUUUACAAGUGCUUUCUUUUCUGUGUUUCCUUUCGCUUUCCAUUUUCCAAAGCUCAUCCUUUUCUCUUUCUCUCCUCCAUUAUAUAUAUCAAUGGAUUUUCCGUAUCCAUCCACACAUUGCCGUAAAACCAAAAGCUAAGACAAACCCAGACAGAGAUUGUAUAUAUUCUAUAUUCCUUUAAACACCAACAUAUUGCCUGUUUAAGAGUCCGUUACUUGUUUUUUUCACGUUUAUAACCCACAAGGGAAAACCAAUGGCUUCCAGUUUCAGGGAAAGGAAGAUAAACCCUUGGUUUUUGAGGUUUCUGCUACUAGUCGUUUUGGCUGUUCAUAAAACCAUGGCGUAUGGAGAGAUCGGGACGCAGCAGAAACCACAGCAGGACCAUCGGCAGCGACACAGAAACGCCUACGCAACAAUGAUGUAUAUGGGCACUCCAAGGGACUACGAGUUCUACGUGGCUACACGUGUCAUGAUCAGAUCCCUUGCUAGACUCAACGUGGACGCUGAUCUCGUCGUCAUUGCUUCCGUCGACGUCCCGCUCCGUUGGGUUCAUGCCUUGGAACAGGAAGAUGGAGCAAAGGUGGUGCGCGUAGAGAAUGUGAAUAAUCCAUACAAGAACCAAGACAAUUUUGACAGAAGAUUUAAGUUAACGCUGAAUAAACUCUAUGCGUGGAGUCUUGUGGACUAUGACAGAGUGGUAAUGCUUGACGCUGAUAAUCUUUUUCUUCGAAAAACUGACGAGUUGUUCCAAUGUGGACAAUUUUGUGCAGUCUUCAUCAACCCCUGCAUUUUCCAUACUGGGCUCUUCGUGUUACAGCCAUCAACAGUGGUGUUUAAGGACAUGCUUCAUCAAUUGGAAAUCGGACAAGACAACCCUGAUGGUGCAGACCAGGGUUUUAUUGGUGGCUACUUCCCAGACCUGCUUGACAAGCCGAUGUUCAACCCUCCUCCUAAUGCAACUAAACUCGAAGGAACUUACAGACUUCCUUUAGGCUACCAGAUGGAUGCCAGUUAUUAUUAUCUCAGACUCCGGUGGAAUGUACCCUGCGGGCCUAAUAGUGUGGUUACAUUCCCAGGUGCACCAUGGUUGAAACCAUGGUAUUGGUGGUCAUAUCCUGUCCUUCCACUAGGCAUUCAAUGGCAUGAACAACGUCGUCAAAAUCUUGGAUACGGAGCAGAGAUACCCAUGGUACUUAUUCAGACUCUAUUGUACCUAGGAAUAAUAGCAGUGACACGUCUAGCUCGACCAAAUCUCUCCAAGCUUUGCUAUCGGCGAACAGACAGGAACAGCUCCGUGGUGCAUGCUGGUAUGAAAUUACUAGCGAUGUGGUCAAUCCUGGCAGCCUAUGUACUCCCUUUCUUCAUUAUUCCUUGUACAAUUCACCCAGUUGUAGGUUGGGCAUUGUACUUGCUUGGUUCUUUUGCGCUUUGCUCUAUAGCGAUCAACGCAUUUAUGCUGCCGAUGCUGCAUGUCCUGACUCCAUGGUUAGGGAUAUUUGGAGUACUUCUGGUCAUGGCAUGUCCUUGGUACCCUGAUGGGGUUAUAAGAGCUUUAGCAGUCUUCGGCUACGCCUUCUGCUUUGCACCUUUGGCUUGGGUAUCAUUAGUUAAAAUCAUGACAUGCCUUCAACUGUCACUUGAAAGGGAAGUUUUCUUCCCAAUAUUGGGUGAAUCUUCACCGCCUUCUGGAUUCAACAAGUUGUAUUAAAGGAUACAUAUAUAGAAAUCAGAGCAUCUUUCUGAUGAUUCUUUUACAGAAUUUUGAAGGUGAUCAGUUGCAAUUAUAGGGGAAGUUUGAUUUUACAUGAAGCUUCCAUGGGUUGUGUUUGAAUGCAACAAAGAGGCCAGGGGGGUCAGCAGUUACUCCAGAGAAGAAUGCCUGAUGCGCAUUGGGCAUGCCAUUGUUUCAUUGAAUUUAUAGCGUAGUCAAAGGAGUCUGUAUUCCUAGUAAGUCUAUUGGCUCUUGGCUUGAAUUAUUUAUGUUAGCACUGAACCUUAUCGAGGAGAAAGUGGGAAGUGAUCUUUUGUAACCUUGCAGAUACGUUUUGUAGUCUUUACUUGAAUAUCAUUCUUCUUCCUUUUCUCUUCUAA